AUGUCAAGUCAAGGCAAUGUUUGGAAGUCUUCACACAAGCAAACAAUAACAGCAAAGGCCCUUGCUGGCGCUGAAACAUGGCAUGCAACCCAGACAGGCUCUCGUCCAAGGCCUCCCAAGUCACCAAAGAACUCUAAACGGAAAAGAUGGAUGGUCAGUGACGAAGACUCUGAUAGCAGCAAUGAGAGCCUCCAUGAAUGUCAGUGUACCUCAAAGAAGAAGAAAAAUGCCAGCUCCAAACAUAGUCAGAAAGAGAAAAGCACCACAGUGGAGAUUGAAGAAUCUGAUGCUAAGAGUGGUGAGGAAACCAAGAAUGAUGAUGGUGAAAAUGCUGAGGGGAGCGAUUUGGGUGUACAGCACAAGGCCAAUAUUCCAGCUCCAUUGGCAACAAAGAAACAGUGGGCCAAUGAUCUACUUACUGUGUUCACACAGAAAUGCACGGUGAAGUUUGUUGGUAUUGAUGGUGUGGUGGAUAUGAAGAGAGGGCGCUAG